GCUCCCAGCUUCACACGGGUGUUGUGUUGAUGUCCCGUAAGGAGGUGGACUAGGGCCUCCGUUUAUUUUUAACCUGACGAAAAAUAUUCGAGUGCAAAAGUGAAACGACUGACCGGGAAGGUGCUUAAUUAACAUUAUUCAACCAUGUUCAAGAUUUUGAUAAUCGCCUGCUGCACGUGGGCGUUAGCGGCCUCUCAAGGUCAGUUCGACUACGUCUACGAUUACGAUGCCCCCGUGGAUGCUCCCGCCCCACAGCCUAUAGCCAGAGGACCUCCACCAGCGGCAUUCCAGCCCCAAGGAAGGCCUCCGGCUCCUCCCCGAUCUAGACCACAGGGCAACCGACCACCACCACCAGUCCAGCAGGCUUCUCGUUUUGACCAACUGGACAGCGUGACAGAGCACGUGCCCAUUGUUAAGGAUUCAAGGAGAAUCGACACCAAGACAGGAGCCUUCGUGUACGAAUAUGCCGGCGCUGACGGAUCGGAGAAGCACGAGAUCCGCUACUCCAACGGCACAGUCACUGGGAACUACACCUUCAUCAAUGACCUCGGCGAGAGAGAGACGCGCUUCUACACCGCCGGCGUCCAAGACCCGUCGGCCAUCGACGAGACCACUGACCCAAACUACGUAGACCUCGGAAACUAUGAUCUUUACAAACACCUGGAACAGCCGUACAUCCACACCGAUGGCACAGCAGGUUUCCAGACCCAGAGGGCUGCUCCCAGACCAGGACCUCCUCAACAGGGAGGUGGUAGACCAAGAGCUCAAGGUGGUCCAAGGUCUUCAGCUCCAAGGCCCGUUGCAGCUAGACCUCCUCCUCCACCACCACCACCCCCAGCUCCAGUUCCUCUGGACUUCAAUGAUGACACUGCCCUGUUCCAACAAAGCGCAGCUGGUGCUGCUCCAGUGUUCGACUACGAGGAUUUCGCAGCGGCUGCACCACCCCCACCCCCACCCCCACCACGACCAGUAGCACAGCCUAUCCCAGUGGCUCCAAGAGGUCGCCAGGCGGAAGACCCAGGGCGCAGGCACCACCAAGAGGCGGACAACCUCAGAGCCUAGAUUUCUCUGGGCAAUCAGCAGACUCCAUUUUAGAUUCUCUCAUCAGUCGGUUUAAUUGAGAAUGAUGAUAGCAGAGAUAGGAGGAAGCGAAAUUAACUUGGAAUUAAGUGAUUUAGGCUAUAGAACUUUUAUGAAGUUUUUAUAACCACAGUAAAUUACCAACAUUCCUUGUUUAUCUGCUUUUCUGCGUAUCUAGUUUUGUUGAACAGAGGUGAUUUCAUCUAAAUGAAAUUAAUAAUUACUCGAUAAUUACAAAUAUAUAUAUAUAUAUAUAUAUAUAUAUAUAUAUAUAUUAUAUAUAUAUAUAUAUAAACAGGAUGCCCAAAAAGCCCAGUACCAUAUAACAUAGAGUAAUACAGUUUUUUGUUUAAGUUUUUCCUUUUGGGAUACAUCAAGGAUCGUGUCCACCAGAAUCCUGUUUAUGAUCUUGCCACACUUCGCAGACGCAUCGUUAAAGUUGUCCAAACAGUUGACAUUGAUAUGCUGCAGCUCCUAUGGAGGGAGAUGGAAUAUCGUCUCGACAUUGUGAGGGCAACUGGAGGUGCACAUGUGGAAUGUAUUGCAUGAAGUGCUCUGAAAGUAAACUUGAGGAAAUGCAGAACAUUCUACUAAUACCUGUAUUGACACUGGGACCUUAUGGACACCCUGUAUAUAUAUAUAUAUAUAUAUAUAUAUAUAUAUAUAUAUAUAUAUAUAUAUAUAUAUAUAUAUGUGUGUGUGUGUGUGUGUGUGUGUGUGUGUGUGUGUCUGUGUGUGUGUGUGUGCGUGUGUGUACGAACGUUAUCUCUGUCUAACAAAAUUGUAUUUCAUAAAUAGUCUGUUACGUUGAUAUGUUGUUAUAGGUGUAAAGAAUUUCUCCCCAAAAGCCAACAAUAAAAGGUGUCAAAAGCAA